UAAAAACUCUGCUAAGCAAUUGCUGGUUUAUGGCUGCUUGGCAGAACACCACACAGCAACAGACAUUUAACUACCUAUCUCAUUCUCAACUCUCUUUAAUAACCUUCUGUGUGGAUUUUUAACAGUUUCCAAGGCAACUGGAAACAAAAACAUCUCUGUAAAGCAGAGCUUCCUAGAACUCUCCACUUCAAAUGGUACACAUAGUAAUUACAGCUUUCUCUUCAUCACUGAGUUUUCACCAGAUUUCAAAAAGAUCUGCAACUAAAUUUGUCCCAUCAGUGGGACAUUUUGAGAUUUUCUUCUCUAGAAAUAUAGAAUGAUCAUGGCAAACAUUAUUUUGACUUCUUGAGGAGAUGUGGAAAGAUACCAUAAGCCUUCCCUUCUCAAAUGCUAAUUAUGAGCAGCCCAUCUGGCAGAGCUGUUUCCAUAAACUAAGCAGGAGGGGUCUACAAUGAAACAAUUACAGAAAUACAGAGAAACCUAGUUGGCAGCUGUUGUUUGAGCAAGAUCUGCCAUGAGAUGUGUCUCAGUCUUCAGUGAGACUUUUAGCCAGAGCAUGGCAUCAGGUGAGACAACAGUAUAGAACAGAGGGAAGUUUUUUCCCCUCUCUCCUGUGGACAUAGGACCAUAUUUUUUGUAGAGCAAUUUGAAAAGAAAUGUCUUCAUUCUGUAUUAACCUGCCCAAAGAAAAGCCAUUAGCAGCCAUUUUAGCAGAAGACAGUUAUACGCCCUGAGUUAUACCUACUAAAGCAAUAUUUUUGCCAAAACCAGUGCAAGUAAAGUCAUUUGUCCCCAUAAGCUUGGAAACAGCAAAUUUAUAUUCAAGAAUGUCUAGUUAUGAAGGUCUGGAUUUACAGGAAAACCAGAAUAAAUGCAUGAAAAUAAAUCAGAAAAGACAACUCUUCAAAAAUAUGUGUAUUGUGUUAAAUCUGCAAGGCUGUAUUUUCUAGAUUGCUGUUCUGCUGUACUGAUUUAUUAUACUAUAGGUACAAAAUGUUUAAGGCUGUUUCAUAGUAACAACCACAGUUUUGUCCUUGAAGAAACUGGAACCUCAAGCUUAAAUGAAACCAGUUUGAAAUAUUUCACUUGUAUGCUCUCUACUACUUUUGACUUUGUAUGCAUGACCUUGGCACAGACAGCUUCUCUCUGUCUCAACUUUAGAGGUAUUGAAGGUAUUCUUUCAGCAUUACCUUUUUAUGAAAAGGAAUUUAGAGUGAAAUAAGAAAAUAAACCCCCUGAAGCAUGAUGAAAGAGAAUAAUGAAGAGAUUAUAGGUAUAUAUAUGCAUAUAAGUAUACGUAUAUAUGUACUUUAAUUAGUAGCCUAGGUUAUUAGAUUAUUAAAUUCUUCAGGUAUAAGUUUGAAUGGUCAGAUGAUGCAUCCUUUAAGGUAAAAGCAUAUGUGUAGUAUAACAAUCUCAGAUCCUUCCCUGCCAUUGGUAAAAUCUCUAAACCAUGCCUGUAAAUGGGCAAGGAGAAAUAACAGUAACAGAACUGUGCUAUCAGAGUUAUGAUGCCAAAUUUGCUAUUUUAGGAGUACCAGAUGAGGUGGCAGCCAGAGACACCUGUGAAAAGCUGCAGUAAAUGGAAAUGGGGUCACUCUGGGAAGCUGUUCAGUUAAACAGGUGGCUUCCUUGGAGUAAAAGGAGUGUCUCUCUCCUCCAUUUUUUGUAUUUUGGAUGAAGAGCAUGGCUCAAAUAAAUUCAUCUAGUGUGAUUUAAGUGCUGUAGGCUGUGAGCUGGGCUCCAGAAUGAUGCAGGUCUCCAUAAGUCCCCUGCAAGGAUGUCUCAGAUUCCUGGGAUAUGUGAGUUGGGCUUAGCAAAGGAGUUCCACCAAAGGUCUCUGUGUUCAAACUUCACUGGUGGUCUCCUCCUCAUCAGCAAGGACCUUCUAAUGACCAUGAGAGCAGCUGGGGAGACAACAGGCAAAAGUCCAAAGAAGUAAGAGAGAAUAGGGAAAACAUUAACAACAGAUGGGAGACAACAUUUGGAACCAGCUGUAGGAAGGAGUUCAAUGUAAGACUCCUUACCACACUUCCAAAAGGGUGUGCAGGUACUUCCCACCACUUUCCACAGUGACCUUGGCUGCAGUGGAACACAAAUGUUCUCCUCUGGGCACUGCUGUGCCUUCACUUGAGUUGUCCUUGGAAGCCCUUGGCUUAGGCCUUUAUAUUCCUGCAAUGGGAUGGAGAAUGCUUAUUUAAAUAUUGCAUUUUAUGCUGUUAUAAGUACAUACUGGCAUAAUAAUGACAGUCUGAUUGAAGGGAGUAAGAAGGAUAUAAUUGAUUCAUUUUUCCACACAUUUUACAGAAAUAACAUUCGUGCUUUUAAAUAUUUAUUUUAUAACGCCCUUGGCCAUUUUAUUUUUACUAUAUUGAAGUUUAUCUUAGGCUGAAAAUAAUUUAAAUUCAAAUUACAAUGUCUGUACUGAAUCACAUAAAUCAAAGCUUUGUAUCUGGCAUUUCUUCAUUAAUUUUCUUGAGAAAAAGAUUUGAAUUUUUUUUCAAUGUUGGAAUUAUUACUGCUUGUGUCAAUUAUGCUAAUUUAAAACAUUUAAAAGAAAUACUUUAUUUCCAGAAAUAAUUUCUUUUCAUUGCUUUUUCUUUAAGGAGGCACAUAUUGGCAAAACAUAAGUUAGCUGCACUCCUAAUGUUCCCUGGAGGUCAGUUUUUAAAAACAGAUUAAAAUUAGCAAACUUUGAUUGAGAUCUCCUGUGCCUGUUCUUAUUCUAUCUCCUUACAACAUUCCGUUUUGAGUUUUCUUGUUAGUCAAAUUCUGAUGUGUGAUGAACUGGUAUGGGAUGAGGAUCAUGAUCAUUCUACACCUUGAGUUUCAAAAUUAUGUUUUGGCAAUUUUGUCCAAGGAACAAAACUUCUAUGGAGAUGAAGAAAUAGAUGAUGAUGAGGAAGAAGAAGAAACAGAAGAAGUAGAAGAAAUAGAAGAAGUAGAAGAAGUAGAGGAAGUAGAAGAAGUAGAGGAAGUAGAAGAAGCAGAAGGAAAAGAAGAAAGAGAAGGAGAUGAAACUAAAGAAAGCACAGAGAAAAAAGAGGGAAAAGAGGGAAAAAAUGAAAAAGAAAAGGAUCGUAAAUCACCUGAGGGAGAGACAAGCAGUUCUAGUAGCACUGUGGAAACUGGAGAGACAGAGGAGACUACUCAGAAAGAGACCAUCAUUCAGCAGGAGAAGGAAAGCACUGACAAUCAUGCUGUGAACAGUUCUUCAGAGAACACUGAGGACCAAAAAACUGGAGUGGGGAGAAAAAAGUUUUCCCUGUUUAAGCGAAAGCCACUGACAAGCCAGAAGAAUGUAUGUAGCAGAAAGGAAGACAGCUCUGCAAAGCCACUGCAGAGUGAAGAAAAGGAAAAGGAAGAUUUAACUGGUGAAAGCAAUAAAGAUGAAAAUCAGAAUCAUACACUGGAGAAUUCCAGUGAAACUGUGACUAACCAGGACAGAAGGAUGAAAGUUAAUACAUGUACAUUGCUGUAAAACUGUUGUAAUAUAAGAGAAUGUGACAGUCUUAAAGCAUACAGUGCAAUUUUUACUUGAAAACAGGUAUGACUCGAGAUGUUGAUGGCUGCUUUUUUUUAAUUGAUUGGAUUGCUGUAAUUUUAAAUAGGCAGAUGAUUUUCUUGGUAUUUAUUGGUAAUUUUAAUAGGUCAAAAUUAUAUACUUAUCAGCACCUUGCUGGAGUUCUGUGGCCUUACCUGUUGAUGUUCUAAAGCAAAAUAUGGGGUUUUUUAAUGUGAAGAGUUGAAUACAGGCAUUUUAUGGUUUUUGCUAAAUAAUUUUCUUCUGUUUCAGUCUACAGAGUACCACUUUCAGCAUGACACUCUUGCAAAAUUAUAAUAUUCUAUAUAUUACUUGGUUUAACAACCUAGUCAAGAAUAUUUAAGGUACUCAGAAAUAUACAUCUUUCUGUUUUGACAUAGAAAAAAUAGCAGUAAAACUUUCAAGUUACCUUGUAGGCCAUUAUGGAAGAAGUUACUUGAGUAUGUGCCUAAUUUCACUCAUGGCAGCAGUCCCAGUGGAAACUGUGUAAGGAUGGAAGUAUCCUGCCAAACUGGGACAGGGAGAAAGCUUUUAUUUCUGAGAAGUGCUGAAAACCUUUGCUCCUGCUGAAAUUGGCAUAAGCUGAUGGGCCUCUCUCCUAUGGGAUCAGGCCCAGGGAAAACUGGAAACCCUCAUUCUUGUUUCACUUGGAUUCUAAUCCUGUAUCCUCUAAAUAUCCACACCUUAAUGUGAAGCUUUUCUCACAGGAAAAUAAUGCAACCAGAGGUACUGUGGCAUCAGUAUGACAGGCUGAUCAUUAUGGGGUAAAUAUUCAUGUUUUUCUCAGGCAGACUGGCUUUUCUUCAGAAGGAAACAGGAGGAGCCAAAAGUCAGUACAAAUAAAAACUGCUUAACACCACUGUAGCAUUAAGAAGCAGGAGUUCUUUAUUCAGCCUGAUGCUCAAGGGGAUAUUUCCUCUAAAAUAUUGUGCAGGCUGAGUACAGAAAAGGCUCCUGUUUAGAUACUGUAUUUUUCAUACAUAAUCAUUGAUUUUCCAAGAAGAAACAUACACAUGACAAAUAAUUUCCCUGAAAUCAAGAAUAUAUUUUCCCUCCCAUUUACACACAUUCUUCUGUCCUGGAGGUCACUCUGCUGGUCCCUGGUGGUCAGUGACCCCUCAGUGAUCCCUGACCACACAGUGAACUGGUGAAAGGUGGGACAACUGGGCUGGUUGCUUUCCAGUUCUUCCUUCAAUUUCCCCAGUUUCAGAGUUGCUUAAAUUUUAUACAAUAGGUCAGAAGUGUCCAGAAUUUAUUUAAUCCCAGGAGUUGGUUCACCUGCAUGCUUUGUCCUUUUAAGUAUGGCAGGUGCCCAGAUUCUUUCACAGGGCUUCCUCUGUGCUACCACAAUCAUCAUACUAAAAACCUGGAUGCUUGGCUCAUCCUUUGCCAGAGUUAAUUAGGAUCCUUUUGGGUCUUUUAUUUUACUUUGGGCUACUCCUGGGUUCUGCAGUGAACCUUACAUGAGGGGUUGUUCCUCCAUUAUAUUUACAUAUUUUCUUAUUUUUCUGAAUGCACAUGUGGUUUCUGUUCCACUUGGAUACUGUUGAGAAGAGUAAAGUGGAAAAGGAGAAAUAAAGUAAAUGGUGCCCUCAUUAAUUUAAAUAAACUUUAAUUAUUUUUUUAAGGGGAGAUCAGUUGCAGAAAUUGUUACUGUAAGAACAAUUUCUUUUUUAAAGGUGAAAUAAUUUAGUGAGAAAUAUUACUUUAAAAUGGGAAUUACCCUCAAAUCUAACACUACAGAAGUUUAUGCAAUGGACUGUAAGCUGCUGUAUGUCUGAGCAGUUUCAGGGAUUGGUACAUUUAUCUUGUCCACAUACUUUGCUCAACAAGAAGCAGGAAUAUAUUAACCCAUUCCAAUGUCUUUUCUACAUGUCUUAAUUUUUAAUAAAAAAGAUUAAACAAAUAAAACAAUUUAUAUGUGCAUGUGUA